AUGUACGGUGCUCCGCCUCCGCUCCCUCCCCGGCCUCAGCAGCCGGUGCCUCCACCAUCAGGCUGGACCGAACACAUGUUCUACACGAACGGAUUGCCUACACCCGCGUUCGAAGCGUUGAUGAAGCAGUUCUUCGCGAACCUUGAUCCUAGAGGCACCGGAUACAUAACGCCAGAGGCGUUCUCGAGCUUCGCGGAGGUAUCGCGCUGCCCGGACUCUGACAACAUAUGGAAGAGAAGUCUUACCCAUGGCGGCAUGUUCGCGAAAGAAGACAUGGCAGACUAUGAGUUCAAAAACGUGAUGGAAGGCUUCUUCUUCGAUCACAAGGUCGUGACGCGCAAUCCGGGCGCGCCGCAGCUACCAUACGGCGGUAUGCCUCUGCUCAGCUUGGCCGGAUUCACAGAUUGGAUUGGAUUCAGUUGCGCGGCGCAUCCCGACGGCAUCUUUGUGGUCCCUGGGUUGAAUAACGCGCUGCGGGUUUACAAUGUCUGGCCGGAGCGUGGGCCCUUACCGCGAUACGUCUUUCCUCCAUGUCGACCAAUCGAGGUACAGCAGCGCAUGGAUCAAGCGACACAGCGUUGCAAUAUGAACGCGCAGCAGAAGCUCAGAGCGACUCAGUUGGAGGCUGAGAUUAAGGCGCAGGGCCGAGAGCAUGCCAUUGAUCUGAACAAGAUUGCCACUGCUGCCACAAGUAAUGCGCCCACCGCGACACCAGCACCGAUACCAGCUUUUGCGCCAGUCGAUAAGCCGCCGCUGCUAUUUGCACCUGUUGCGGUAGCAUCGGUGGGCCCUGUGGGUGUGGGUGUCGACGGGAUCGAUGGUACUGUACUAGCAGGGCUUGAGAUCGGGGUCGUGGAUGGUGCCGGCGUUGAUGUUGGUGAAGACGAUGACUCGCUGUUCAACGCUACGGUCGAAGACAAAGCGAAUAUCGAUGCAGCUUGA